ACCCAACCACAAGCUCAGCAUAGUACCCACAAGUACUUCCUUUCAUCCUCAAAACACAAAAAUCUCAAUCUUUUUCUUCUUCCAAGUUCUUCCAUAGCCAACUCUUUUCAAGAUUCUAAACUCAAUUUCCAACGACUUGACAAAUUCUUUUCUUGAACUGUACCCAUCAAAUCUCCACCUUCAAGUUUUCAUUUCUUGAAACUUGUUCUUGAUUCUUGAUUCUAAAAGGGACAAGUUUUUUUAAGUUUCCUGUACACUCUGUUCCCGACAAAAUUGAUCAGGAACCAUGGAAAAACUACAAGAAAACAACAUUCCGUUAGGAUUCACCGGAAUCGGAUCAUCUCUAUCACAACUAAUUCUAGCCGGAGGCAGUAGCAACACUUUGGAUUCAAUCUUCUCUCAUUGCUCACCGGAAUCCACAAUUUCCGGUCCUUCUUUCGAGCCUCUAGGCUCUUCAGUUUAUCUCAGACAAAGAGAUCUUCUACAGAAAUUUUCUCAAGAAACCAGAACAACUACAACAAAUUCAUAUUCUCAAAAUAUUCUAUCAAACCCACUUCAAAAUUUUGCAAGAACCACCAAUUAUUUAGCUCCGAGCAAGAAGAAGCUAUACAGAGGAGUGAGACAGAGACAUUGGGGAAAAUGGGUAGCGGAAAUUAGAUUACCUCAGAACAGAAUGAGAGUUUGGUUAGGUACUUAUGAUACUGCAGAAGCUGCAGCUUAUGCUUACGAUCGUGCAGCUUAUAAGCUUCGAGGCGAAUAUGCACGGUUGAAUUUUCCUAAUCUUAAAGAUCCUAUGAAGUUAGGGUUCACUGACUGUAACAGAUUGAAUGCGUUAAAAACUGCAGUUGAUGCUAAAAUUCAAGCCAUUUGUCAAAAGGUGAAACGAGAACGAGCAAGAAAAGUUGCUGCCAAGAAGAGUAAUUCAACCGUUGGUGAAAAUAAAGCAGUAAAAGUUGAUUCAAAUUCACCGUCGCCGUCUCCGUCAACUUCGUCGUCUUUAUCAGCUACUGUUUUUGGUGAGAAUUGGGGUGGUGAACUGGUUUCACCGACGGUUUCAGACGAUGGGUUUUGGAAAUGUGAAAAUUCUCCGUCUGUUUCAACAGAUUAUCCAAUUUUAAAUUCAGAAGAGAUGGAAUUUGAAGAAUGUUCGCUAGCAAGAAUGCCUUCGUUUGAUCCUGAUUUGAUCUGGGCUGUUCUUGCUAAUUAGGGGGGCCAAUUUGAUUUUUGUGGGGGACUGUUCUUGAUAAGCAUGUCAGUCUUGUCUCUGUUUUUUUUCUGGUAGUAUUAAGUGUAAAUGGUAGUUUCAUUUAGGACUAUCUAAUCGAAUUUAAUCUAAGUAUGGGUUUAUUGCAGAGUUUGUUAAUGUUUCUGGGUUUUAGGCAAAAUAGGGUUCUUGUGAUUUUAAUUUGAUUUGCCUUUGAUAUUAGUAUGGAGGCACUCGAGAUUAAUCAUACCACUUGUAGCUUGAUGUUGUAUGAGAAUCUAGAGUAUUGAAAUAACACUUGUUAUUUUCAAUUAAUGGAGAGAAUUUUCAUUUGUAUCUUUUUAA